UCAGUUUAUUCACUCUGGCCAUUUAACGUCGUUGGGUGAUAUGAAAUUGUGCCUCACUGCUAACGAGCAACACUAUUGUUAAGUUAUUUGAUAUGCAGUUCAAUUAAAGCGUCGCUUUCUUACUUCUGUUUCUGGGUUGCUAGUGGUAGCAAUGUUCCAUUCUAACUUAAAUAACUUGUCCAGUAGCAGCUAAAUGUUACCCAGCUAAGCUACGGUGGUACCAUUGACUGUAAAAGGAGUGAUACUUGACUAGUGGCUAGCUAACAUGUAGCCUAUUUUUAUACCAAAAAAUAUAUGCUCUAUUUUAUUGUAAUUUGCGCUCGACUGGGCUAUAGAUUAGUGGUUUUAUUUGUUUCAUACUGGGUUACAUUAUCCCUGGAGUGGUAUUCUCAGCAUUUUUAGUUCAGCUUUGACCCUCACAAAGAUGGCUAACUAGUUUGCUCUGAUUGGUUGUCGCAGAAGCCAAGGGGAAAGGUUGCACUGAUCAGCUGGUCUCUGCAGAUAUCGGACUUCUGCAAACAAUGUAGCAAAGUGCUGAAUGUCAGCUGUGCCGGGGUGAAAACAACAGCACCGCGUUCAGCUUAUCACCCGUCCACGGCACUAUAUUAGUCGCUAACAGUCGUCGCAUUCAGUGUGAUCGCGGCCUCGGGUAGAGAGACCACCGUUAUUUGAAUUUGCCGUGUCUGAUUAUUUCUUCUCCAUCGCUCCUUCAAAUUUCAGGGAUGCGAAAGCGGAAUAACUCCCUCACCGUGGAUCAUGACAGCUCUGCCACGAACACGAUACAGGACUCUAGUCUAAAUCUAAAAUACUGCCACAAGAAAGGACAAGACUCCGAAUCUGAAGUUUUAUUGGGUUCUGCAGAUCCCGUUUCAGAUAAAACAAUGGGGAGAUAUAGAAGGUAUGGCCUGAUGAGCAGGAUGAAGAGGAUCCUCCUGUGGGUGCUGGCGGUCUACCUCGCCAUUCCCUUCAUCGUCAAGCUCUGCCCCUCCAUUCAGGCUAAACUAGUCUUUUUAAAUUUCGUGAGGGUGCCCUACUUCAUCGACCUGAAGAGGCCGCAGGACCAGGGCCUGAACCACACCUGCAACUUCUACCUGCAGCCGGAGCAGGGGGUCAACAUCGGCGUGUGGCACACGGUUCCCACCCGGCUGUGGAGAGACGCUCAGGGGAAGGACAGGGCGUGGUACGACUCCGCCCUCCAGUCCCCCCACCCUGUCAUGCUGUACCUGCACGGCAACGCGGGCACCAGGGGAGGGGACCAUAGAGUUCAGCUUUAUAAGGUCCUUAGCACAUUAGGCUACCACGUCAUCACAUUCGACUAUAGAGGUUGGGGUGACUCAGAAGGAAGCCCCUCGGAGAGAGGCAUGACCUCAGAUGCCGUCUUCCUCUACCAUUGGCUGAAGGAGCGGAUUGGGAAGAAACCCUUGUAUAUCUGGGGCCACUCGUUGGGCACAGGAGUGGCAACAAACCUGGUCCGUCAUCUGUGCGAUAAAGGGACUCCUCCAGACGCCCUGAUCCUGGAGUCUCCCUUCACCAACAUCCGGGAGGAGGCCAAGAGUCACCCUUUCUCAAUGGUCUACAGAUUCCUGCCUGGCUUUGAUUGGUUCUUUCUGGACGCCAUAACGGCCAACGACAUCCGGUUCGCGAGCGAUGAGAAUAUGGAUCACCUCUCCUGCCCCGUCCUCAUCCUCCACGCCGAGGAUGACUCCGUCGUGCCCUUCCACCUGGGGAAGAAGCUCUACAGCAUGGCUGCUCAGUCCAAGAGUCUCAGUGGGCACAAGGUGCAGUUCAUCCCCUUCCCGGUAACCCUGGGUUACAAGCACAAGUUCAUCUACAGGAGCCCCGAGCUCCCGCAUAUACUGAGUGACUUCCUUGGCACAGCCCACCCCCAUGAAUAACCAAACACUCCAUACAUCCACACACACAAACACACACACUGCCACAAACACAUAUUCAUUCUCUCUCUGACUCUCACAGGCUGACAGACAGACACACACACUCACUCACUCACACACACACUGCCACCAACACACAUUCAUUCUCUCUCUGACUCUCACAGGCAGACAGACUGACAGACAGACAGACACACACACACACACGCACACGCACGCACGCACACACACACAGACUAAAGACCUUCCAUUCCUUUUUUUUUUUAACCAUUCCUUUGGAAAUUCAUAUACAGUUAUGUGGAAAAAAAAGAAAAGAAGAAAUAAAGACUGAGAGAAGGCGCACUGAAACGCGGCCGGUCGGCACGGUUACGGCUCGAGCGCGAGCGCAGGGUACAUUAAA